AGCCAGGGCGAAAGUGAAAGGAGCUGGGUUUGUGGAGUGGCCGGGCUUUAUGUUUGGCCUUUGUUUUUAUACGAAAGAUACCCUUUGCAAGUCACUGGCAGGAGGGAAGAUUUGAUUUUGGUCUGAAGAUUAUUUGCAGAGCAUGUUGUUCUGGCGGAAUUGGACUAAUUCCCAGUAUCUGGGUGGACGAACUGCAUCCCAGUUUUCUGAUGGCAGUUUUCUAUUUGCUCCGGAUCCUGAAGAGUCAUUAUCUCAGAUGAUAAAUCGUUCGUUAACAGAUGACACUGCGUCACCAGAUGAGGAUCUGGAUUCUGUUUUAUUUGGAAACCUCCGUGGGAAUGUGGUUGGGAUGCGUUAUUAUACAGGAGUGGUGAACAACAACGAAAUGGUUGCCCUUCAGCGAGAACCGAACAAUCCGUACGACAGGAAUGCAGUGCAAGUAAACAAUGUGAAUGGGAUUCAGGUGGGACAUAUCAAACGGGAAUUAGCAGCCCCUCUGGCUUUUAUCCUGGAUAAUAGACUUGCCAGAGUUGAAGGAGUGGUUCCUUACGGUGCUAACAACGUGUUCACCAUGCCAGUGCAACUUUCAUUCUGGGGCAGAGAAGAAAACCGUGAUGCUGUCCUGGAAAGGUUAAAGAGACAUGGGUUUAAACUGGCACCUCCCACAAAAGGUUCCUUUUUAGGUGGUGGGAUUGCUGAGGCGUGGUCUGGAAUGAGAUCUGCGAGACCUGGUCCCAGUUACAAAGCUCCUGUGCACACUGCUGUGCAGAUGACAGUGGAACAGCUCAAGAAUGAAUUUGACAAGUUAUUUGAAGAUCUGAAAGAACAUGACAAGACUCGGGAAAUGGAACCAGCUGAGGCUGUCUGUACGCCCUUGCUCCCUCACCAGAAGCAGGCACUAUCCUGGAUGGUACUGAGAGAGAAUAAUGCGGAUCUGCCUCCAUUCUGGGAACAAAGGAAUGACAUGUAUUAUAACCUUCUGACAAACUUUGCAGAGAAGGAGAGACCCGAAAAUGUUCGUGGAGGAAUCCUGGCUGAUGACAUGGGCUUGGGAAAAACACUGUCGACUAUUGCAGUAAUCCUUACAAAUUUUCACCAGGGACAGCCACUCCCCACCGAAAAGUUCACACAAGGACCAGUGAUAGAAGAGGAACCACCUGGGUUAGCUGAUGCUUUGGGGCAAUCGUCUGCACAUCAAGCUAACAAGGAGCUAUCCGGUACUUUCAAAACACAAACAGGUGCUGACAACAGGAACCCGGCCACUGUGAUUAAUACCACAGGAAACAUUAAUUCCUCGGGAUCGAAACCGCUUGCAUCUUCAUAUCCCAAAAGGAAGAAAACAGAGAAUGUUAAAUACACGUACAGCAGUGAUUCUGAAAAGGAUGAAGAAUGUAUCUCCACAAAAAAGAAAGUGAAAACACAACAGAAAAGUGCAGCGGCUAAGCGAACAGAAUGGAAACCCACAAGUAGCAGGAGAAAAGACAGCAAGUCGCAGUCUGGUUGUGGCCUAAUGGACGAUAUUGAUUUUGCGGCUGCUCUUGGUGGCGGGUCAAGUUCCACUUUAAAAAAGAUCAAGAAAGGCUGUCCAAGCACACAGACCAGCACUAUUACAGCAGCUAAUAUAAAGGCGAGAUCGACCCUGAUUGUGUGUCCUCUCUCUGUGCUCAGUAACUGGAUUGACCAGUUUGAGCGUCAUUUAUGCCCUGAUGUGAAAUUGAAUAUGUAUCUUUAUUACGGCUCUGAGAGAAAUAAGUCUGCAUCAUUCCUUGCUGAACAGGAUAUUGUACUGACCACCUACAAUACGCUAACAGUUGAUUAUGGGAGUGGGAGUGCCAGCCCCCUGCAUAAAGUGAGCUGGCUCCGUGUGGUAUUGGACGAGGGCCACACCAUACGCAAUCCAAACGCCCAGCAGACCAAAGCUGCGCUCACUUUGACUGCUGAAAGGCGAUGGGUCUUAACAGGCACACCAAUUCAAAACUCCUUGAAGGAUCUUUGGUCCGUCCUUUCGUUUCUGAAGUUGAAACCAUUCACAGACAGACAGUGGUGGCAUCGGACGAUCCAGCGGCCUGUAACCAUGGGGGACCAACACGGUCUCAAACGGCUGCAAGCGCUAAUAAAAAACAUUACCUUGCGAAGGACCAAAACCAGCAAGGUAAAUGGUAAACCUGUAAUUGAGCUCCCUGAGCGCACGGUUUUUGUGCAACAUAUAACCCUAUCCGAUGAAGAAAAACAAAUCUACGAGUCUGUGAAGAAUGAAGGCCGGGCCAUCAUUGGCAGAUAUUUCAGUGAAGGAUCCAUUUUCACACAUUAUGCAGAUGUCCUCGCCAUCCUCGUCUGGCUGAGACAGUUGUGUUGUCAUCCUCGUCUGUUUGCAAAUUCUUCAGCUGUGAUGGGUUCCUCAGACAAUGCCACACCUGACGAACUGCGGGAGAAACUGCUGAACAAAAUGAAACUGGUUUUGAGUUGUGGCUCUGAUGAAGAGUGUGCCAUCUGCCUGGAAUCACUGACCUUUCCUGUGAUUACCCACUGUGCCCACGUUUACUGCAGACCGUGUAUCUGUCAGGUCAUUCAGAGUGAGCAGCCCACUGCCAGGUGCCCCUUGUGCAGGGCAGAGAUUCGAGUCGAACAGCUGGUGGAAUGCCCCCCUGGAGAGACAGACGUCACGGCACCUGACAAAUCCCAGCAGGCCUGGGUCUCCAGUUCAAAGGUCGAUGCCUUGAUGCAUUCUUUGAUUGAGCUUCGAAAGCAGGAUCCCACCGUCAAGAGUUUAGUAGUCUCUCAGUUCACAGCUUUUCUUACUCUUAUAGAAACUCCACUCCGACAAGAAGGCUUUGCAUUUACACGCUUGGAUGGCUCGAUGCCACAGAAGCGGCGGAUUAAUGCCAUUGAGUCCUUCCAGAGCAGUGAGCCAGGCUCCCCGACCAUCAUGCUGCUGUCGCUGAAAGCCGGUGGAGUUGGUUUGAAUUUGACAGCAGCUUCUCGCGUGUUUCUCAUGGACCCUGCCUGGAAUCCAGCCGCUGAGGACCAAUGCUUUGACAGAUGCCACAGGCUGGGUCAGACCAGGGAUGUCAUAAUCACCAAGUUUAUUGUGAAAAACUCCGUGGAGGAAAAUAUGAUCAAGAUUCAGAACAAGAAGCGAGAACUUGCAGCAGGGGCUUUUGGAACAAAAAGACAGCGCGAGAUAAAGCAAAGCCGGAUUGAAGAGAUCAAGAUUCUGAUCGACGUGUAACACUGGUUUUUGGCAUCGGUUCUGCUUUUAUUUUUGCUUUCUAACCCUCCCAAAUGUAUGAGCUUAUUGAAAUUUUGAAACUUUUGAAUACUGUAAUGGGACAGAUAAAUGGGAAGUAAUUUGUAAACCAAAUACAAAUUUAUAUGAGAUGGUAACUUUUAAUGCAGAAUGUUUGAAUUUUGUGAAUCAAAAUGUAGAAAACAAAUUGUCUGUGUAAUAUAGCUUCGAAACUGCUGCAGUUGGAAAGUGCAUCCCUGAGUUGAGAUAUUGAGACAUUGCUCAAUGUGCCUGUUCCAGUUGUUAGGUGCGUAUUUAACAGCCCCGUGGUAAUACUCAGAUUCAGAGUGUUCUGCCAGUCUCCUGACGAAUGUUUUACCCUCAGCCUACACCAACUAAAUCAGAUUUGCUGGUAUCUCAUCUUAACAUUAUUUGUGGAUGUUUGUGUGAGAAUUUUGUGUUUGCCUGAGUGACCAUUUACUGUAUUUCCAGCACUCAGUGCGUGACGGGGAUCGAGAUAUUUUACAGAUGUGGUGGAAUGCUUCGUAAAGGCAAGGUUUUUUAAAAAAAAAAAUUGUCCUGCUUUGUUAUUCAGCUAAGGACUUUUACAAUCAUUAAACUUGACAAUUCUUGUCGAGCUUUAUUACUUUUCCUUUUACAAAAAACAGAAACUUCAGUAAAAUCCUGCUGGUUUGUGUUCCUCAAAACAUUUGCAAAUGGUGAUUCUUACAAAUGAUGAAUGUGGCAGGCUGCAUGGGUGCUAUACAGGCGGACCCCGAUUUACAGAUUUACACUUAGAACGCUUACAAACUCGAUCCUGUACAGAGCUGUAAUUUUAAAGAUCUGAUGUAUGAACAUUCCGAGUACAUAUGAGUAGCCAAUUUGUUUCGUUCUGCAUUGUCUUCCAACUUGUGUAAGAAUCAACUUGAGAAUGGAACCCAUGAGCAGCCCAGUGUCUCCUCGUGUGAGAGACUUUCUAAUCCAGGGCUUUCUAAUCAGUUUUCACCCCAGAGGGUGGUGAAUAUCUGGUGGUGAAUAUCUGGAACGCGCUGCAUGAAAGGCUGGUAGAGACGGGGACCCUCGGCAUUUUAAGAAUUAUCUGGGUGAGCACUUCAAUCACCACAGCAUACACAGCUAUAGGCCAAAUGUUGGAAAAUGGGAUUAGAAUAGACAGAUGUAAGUUACCAGUGCAGACAUGAUGGGCUGAAGGGUGUCUUCCAUGCGGUAAAAAUAGUUUUCCCUUUAAAAUUGCACAUAAACUAAGAUUAACCUUGCAGUGAUUAAAAAGGUGUGCAAUAGUUAUUAUGCAGAGAAGUGAAUUUAAAAAGGGCAGACUUAGGAUCUAUGGGAUUUGACUACAGUCAGGUUUUGGGCCUCUACAAGGUGAGAAAUCACCAUAGUUGUACCAGGGCAUAGGGCUGCGAUCUCAUCAGAGAGAGGGAGAGAUGACUAGUGCUAGUUUAACCUGAGAGUCACCAGGCCUCAAGGCAACCGUCCGUGUAGAGUUUGUAUGUUCUCCGCAUGUCUGUGUGUGUUUCCACUGGAUGCUCUGGUUUCCUCCCACAGCCCAAAGACGUGCAGGUUGGAUGGAUCGGCGGUGCUAAACUGCCCAAAGUGGCCAGGGAUGUACAUGCUACACAGGUUAGACAUGGGGAAAUUCAGGGUUACAGGGAUAGGAAAGAAAGGGGGAAGUCUGGGUGGGAUGCUCUUCAUGAUGGGCUGUGGUGAUGGUAUAGUGUGGGAAUAUUGAGUCCCUGCUGUUGAAGUCAUUCUGCAUCGCAAGCCAGCUAUCCAGCCAACUGAGCUAACUAGUCGCUUCUCUGCAACGACUGCAUAGUGGUCCUUGUGAUGGAAAUCAAGUCUUGCUUUUCCACUGAAGAUACCAUCUGCUUUGAUGCUUUGUGAUCUAGGUUUAAGAAAGAUUCUAGCCAUUGAAACCAGCCUGUAAAUUUAUGACUCUGCAUAUCUCUUCUUCCAUCACCAUCAAGCUAGGUCACUGGUGCUGGUUCACUGGGAGCUAACUGCAACCUCCUUUGCCAGAGGGUAUCAGAAGCGAUGAGUGGAGGAUGAUCCUUGUCCCAGUCAUCACCAGUGCCAAUCGUUGUGCAAUUUGAUUCACUCCACAUACUCUCAGGAAGCAGCUAUGUGUACAGGACCCAGCCAAGGCAGUGGGCCCCAAGAACAGCCCUGUUGCAUUGUUGGAGACCUGUGCUCCCUGAGCCUGCUCCAAGCUCCCAACCUGGCCAAUCCAGAAACUCAAAACAGUCCACGACUUAAACUCGGUGAUCUAGCUAAUCAAACAGAUGAUUGGUUACAGAUUGUUCAGCAAGAAUGGCUGACAUCCAGAUCUCACUUUUUCCAACUGCCCCACAAAGGGCCAGAGGCAAUGCACUUGCAUGCUCUCCACUUACUCAGAUCGUGCUGUUGGACUAACAUUCCAGCUUCAAACUAUCUAGCAUAAAGUAAUCCACCUGUUCGAUUGGGAGGAGAAUUGUGGAAUGUUUAGUUUGCAGCUAACAAAGGCCUAGGUGAAGGCUUCGGCAACAAAUGGCUUUCUGGAGGUGUGAUGUUAUAGAAGUGGAAGUGUAUGUUCUAAUUGGAUGAUCGAACCAGCUUGCCUAUUCAAAAGCUCCCUGUGGGUGUACUUUCUGUUUGCUGACAGAUUUCUGGUAGUUGCCUUCUGUACCAGGAAGGCCCCACAGCACAUUCCAUCUGAAACGGUUUGCUACUAAGCAAAUAAGCAGUGAGAACUGUGGCUCAUUGUUUUACCCUCAUCCAGAGGCGUGGACAGCAGUGGUGCCCUGUCUCAAAUAAGCCAUAAUCAUGGACUAGAAACAUUCCCAGAGCUCUGCAGAUCUGCAUAGGACAGUGCAGCUUUGAUGAGCAAUAGAAGCAGCUUUCUUUCCACAGUAAGUACCGUCUGUACACUACUCAUUGUGAUUAACGCCUUGGAACAUUCAAACAGAAACAUUUCAUUCCAAUUUGUCAUAAUCUGAAUACCCUGCUGUUUAGCACAUAGUAAAAUGUCACAUCUAAGUGGUAAGAAGGAAGCACAUUUUGAUUGUGGAUAUAAUUUCAGUCAUUUAUAAAUUUAGAAUUCAGCACAUUUUGGAUUUCAGAUCAGCAACUGUGUGUGUUACAUGGAGGUUACCCUCCUGCGUUCUUAAACAUGAAGCCUAGUUUAUAUUAGUAACACUGGGUCUGCACCUCUCUGCCACAAGAGGAGAUGAAUCAGUCUUCAAGGAAUGUCACGUGAAGAGGGAUUCUGUGUACACAACUGCUUGUAAAUCUUCUUCAUGGCCAACCCUCUGACAUGGCGUGAUUGUGCCUGCCACCUGUCAUGUCAAAUAAAACUUGGUGCUUUCAUGCUUGUAGCUUCCCACAGGCCAGUUAGUUUGGUUACAUUGACAGUGCAGAUUCAGUUCCUCAGCUCAGAACUGGAUGUCACUUGAUGAGACUGAUUCUGCUGAGGACUAUUGGGGAAGAGAAGAAUUCAUUUCAUUGGCCUGGAAGGUUUUGGGGUAUCCUGAAAAUACAAUUAGCGCUAUUAUUCUGAACUUGUUAUCUUUUUAUUUUUCUAAUUUAUUACAAUGAUUUUGUACUUUUAAAGGUCUGUAAUGCUGGACUUUUAAUUUCUUUAUUUUCUAAUUUUUUUUCCCUAAGAAUUUGUACACAAGAACAUGUAUCUAGGUUCCUUUGAACCUAAGAUGACACCAUAAGUGGCGACUUGUGAACUUUUCACUGUACUCACAUGAGUACAUGUGCCAAGAAACCUAAUACAAUUCAAUUCACAGAUACAAAUCUCUUGUGGCACAGUGACUGUGUCCCUCUCUCAGUCUUGGGUUCAAGUCCCACCUGCUCCAGAGAUGCGUCUGAACAGAUUGAUUAAAAAUAUCCCUAAGUGUAAAUAUUUCACUAUUUGUUGAUUCCUGGUGGGAAUAUGAAGUAAGAACAGGGCUACAUUUUGAUGAAUAGUGAGUAGUGGAUGGUUUCAGAGAGUAACCAUUCAGCUAUCAACCUCGCUGGGAGUGGCAAUGAUGCACUAGAUUUACAAAUGGAGGAUACACCAAGGAAUGCUGCCAGUUCUUGAGUUGCACAAAUGAACUAGCUGAACAAUACAAAAACAGUCAUCCUGAAACAGAUAACAACAAGGUGUAGAGCUGGAUGAACACAGCAGGCCAAGCAGCAUCAGAGGAGCAGGAAAGUUUGAUGUUUCGGGUCGGGACCCUUCAGAAACCGAGUUAGUAAUCAGUUGUCUGGUGAAUCGCAGGUCAGCUUGUUUUUACCGUGUUCAUGGUAGGUAUUAGGAUCCUGUUAGUGUCCUUGUCCAGUAGAAAGAGGGAGCCAAAAUCGAAACAAUAGCUCAACUACAUUUUAACUCAUUGUUGACCCCAGUGCCCAGAGCCAUAGGGAAAGCUUUUACAAAUGCACCAUAGAAUGCUUUCUAUCUGGCUGCAUAACAGCCUGGCACUGCAACUAUCUGUCCAGGACUGUAAGAAACUACAGAAGGUUGUGUGUACAGCCCAGAGCCUCAUGAAAGCCAAUGUACCACGUAUGGAUAAUAAAGUGUGAAGCUGGAUGAACACAGCAGGCCAAGCAGCAUCUCAGGAGCACAAAAGCUGACGCUUCGGGCCUUGACCCUUCAUCAGCUUCACACUUUGUUAUCUUGGAUUCUCCAGCAUCUGCAGUUCCCAUUAUCUCUGUACCAUCUAUGGACUCCAUUUUCACUUCUCAGUGCUGCGGAAAGGUUACAAACAUCAUCAAAGACCCCUCCCACCCCAGAAAUGCUCUCCUGUACCUCUCAUGAACAGCUUCUUCCCUGCCGUUAUCGGACUGAUGAACAGACACUUUAAUUUCAAAUAAUGUUGAUCUUGUUCAUGUUGACCUUGCUUUGCCAUCUCCUAUGCAGUGUAACCUUGUAUGCCUCACCCUGUCUAAGCCGCCUAUGAUUUGUAUGUACUUGUUUUGCUAUGAUCCGCCUGUACUGCUUGCAGAAUAAAGCUUUUCACUGUACUUAGGUACAUGCGACUGCAAUAAAUCGAAUCGAAU